AGUUAAUGCAAAUCCGAAACAGUAUAAAUAUGUGUAGAGGGUUCAUGCCUAUGAUACAAAUUAAAGAAGCAGAAACAAAAACAAGUAAAACAGAAACAAUCAACACAGAGAAACCACCUGUUUGUUCAAGAUCAAAGAUGUCUAUAAAUAUAAGAGACCCUCUUAUAGUAAGCAGAGUUGUUGGAGACGUUCUUGAUCCGUUUAAUAGAUCAAUCACUCUAAAGGUUACUUAUGGCCAAAGAGAGGUGACUAAUGGCUUGGAUCUAAGGCCUUCUCAGGUUCAAAACAAGCCAAGAGUUGAGAUUGGUGGAGAAGACCUCAGGAACUUCUAUACUUUGGUUAUGGUGGAUCCAGAUGUUCCAAGUCCUAGCAACCCUCACCUCCGAGAAUAUCUCCAUUGGUUGGUGACUGAUAUCCCUGCUACAACUGGAACAACCUUUGGCAAUGAGAUUGUGUGUUACGAAAAUCCAAGUCCCACUGCAGGAAUUCAUCGUGUCGUGUUUAUAUUGUUUCGACAGCUUGGCAGGCAAACAGUGUAUGCACCAGGGUGGCGCCAGAACUUCAACACUCGCGAGUUUGCUGAGAUCUACAAUCUCGGCCUUCCCGUGGCCGCAGUUUUCUACAAUUGUCAGAGGGAGAGUGGCUGCGGAGGAAGAAGACUUUAGAUGGCUUCUUCCUUUAUAACCAAUUGAUAUUGCAUACUCUGAUGAGAUUUAUGCAUCUAUAGUAUUUUAAUUUAAUAACCAUUUUAUGAUACGAGUAACGAACGGUGAUGAUGCCUAUAGUAGUUCAAUAUAUAAGUGUGUAAUAAAAAUGAGAGGGGGAGGAAAAUGAGAGUGUUUUACUUAUAUAGUGUGUGAUGCGAUAAUUAUAUUAAUCUACAUGAAAUGAAGUGUUAUAUUUAUACUUUACGUGUAUUCAUUUCUUUUCGAUGCAAAAAUCAGGCAGUGGGAAGAAUCUGCUGUUUUACUUUUG